CGCCGAUGUCUCCACUUGUCACAUAAAUCGUCAAAAAAAAAAAAGUAAAAAAGAAAGAAAACAAAGAAAGAAAAAAAAGCAGGGUACGCGCGAACACCGACUGUUUCCCUCGGUGUCUCCGCCUCCACCUCCACUUCCGUCUUCUUCUCUCUCUGACUUUAUCGCUCCCCCUCUCUCUCCCUCUCCGCGAAAUUCCUGAAUCUCUCCUUGCAAGACGCCGUCGUGGCAACAAUGGCGGCGAUUUCAAAUCUUGCGGGUUGCAGUCACGGCGGGAACUUAGGCAUUUUCGGAGAGAGGAGGUUACAGUUCCCAUCAACUUCUGGAUUGAAAACUCGGAUCUCUUGGGCCUCUAAGAAUCAAUUAGCGGUUGGUCACUUGGGCAAGUCAGAUAAGAAUUCCGGUGUUCGUAUGGCAUUAGUUGAUGCGAAGAUUGCACGGAGUGGAGAUUUUUCCAAGCCUUCUGACAUCCUGGCGUUUGAUCUUGUUCAGGGAGCACUUGUAAAAUGGAGUCCGGCUGUGGUUGUGGACAGGUCGUUACCUAAGCCUCCAACAGCUGUUUUUCUGCAUGGAAUUCUAGGUAGCAGGAAGAACUGGGGAACCUUCACCAGGAGAUUGGCACAAGAAUUUCCGACAUGGCAGUUUCUUUUAGUGGACUUGCGGUGUCAUGGUGAUUCAGCGUCAAUUAAGAAAAGGGGACCCCAUAGUGUUUCUUCCACGGCUCUUGAUGUCCUAAAACUGGUUCAACAGCUUAGAUUAACACCUCGGGUUAUAGUUGGCCACAGUUUUGGAGGGAAAGUUGCCUUGAGCAUGGUGGAUCAAGCUGCAAAGCCUUUUGCACGACCAGUCAGAGUUUGGGUUCUAGAUGCUACGCCUGGAAUAGUUCGUCCUGGUGGGGAUGGGGAGGACCAUCCAGAAGAAUUGAUAUCCGUCCUAAGUACAUUGCCCAAAGAGGUUUCCUCAAAGCGGGAUGUUGUGGAUGCUCUACUUCAAAAAGGAUUCUCCAAAGAUGUUGCACAGUGGGUGGUUACUAAUCUUCGACCAACCAAGUCUCCUGGUUCAUCGCCAUCAACAUUGUCAUGGGUGUUCGAUCUAAAGGGAAUUGCUGAAAUGUAUAAAUCUUAUGAAGAAACAAAUUUAUGGAAAAUUGUUGAAGAUGUGCCUCGAGGUGUCCAUGUGAACUUUUUGAAAGCAGAAAGGAGCUUGCACAGAUGGGCUCUAGGAGAUCUCCAGAGAAUUCAUGCGGCUGAGGAGCUUGCUGUGGAGGAGGCAGGUGGAGUGGAAAUGCAUGUCCUCGAGGAUGCAGGCCACUGGGUCCACGCAGAUAAUCCGGAUGGGCUCUUUAGGAUCCUUUCCUCUUCUUUCUAUUGAGUCAAAACCUGGGUGAGCUUUAGCGUGCUCAUGAUCAGUUUAGUUCAGACAUAUCAGCAUUCUACUGACAAAUCACCCGACGGUACCAUUAUUUUUUCCAUUGAAAGAACUGGUCAAUUUCUUCAUUAGACGAUUGUAUACAUCUUUUUUUAUAUCAUAGUGAGUUUUCUGUA